AUGCGCAUGCUUGCAUAUGGAAUUCCAGGCGAUCUGGUGGAUGAGUAUGUGCGUAUGAGUGAGUCCACAUGUUUGCUAUCACUGUACAACUUCUGCAAGGCCGUAGUGGCAGUGUUUGGCCCUGAGUACUUGAGGCAGCCAAAUGUCGCUGAUACAGAAAGGUUGUUGGCGACCAACACAGCUAGAGGCUUUCCAAGCAUGCUUGGCAGCAUAGAUUGUUCUCACAAUGAUAUCAACAUGCUGCAGCAUUCUCCAGUCUUUGCAAGGCUUGCAGAAGGCCACUCCCCACCUGCCAACUUUGAGAUCAACAACCACCAGUACAACAAGGGAUACUACCUAGCUGAUGGUAUAUAUCCUCAGUGGUCAACUUUUGUGAAGACAACCGAACCCCCAAGCCCUGCACUCACACGGGAUGAAGGGAAGCUUUGGGAGGUGAUGACUGCUUGUGUGAUCACGCACAACAUGAUCGUCGAGGACGAGCGUGAUAACAACAUCUUCGACCAAGGAUUUGAUUUUCAAGGUGAAAAUGUUGAGCCCCUGCACCAAGAACCGGCCACAUUUUAA